AUGGGUCGCAGGAGGGCGCCGCGCGGGCCCCGGGCCGAAGUCGCCCGUGCUCGGCGCCCCGUGGGCCGCUCCCUGGAGGCUUUCACUGAGGAGGUCGGCGCUGCGCUGCGCGCGUCCGUGGAGGCAGAUGCGGCCGGGGACGAGGAGGGCCAGGGAGCGAUGGGGCUGCCCUGCCCACUGGCCAUGUGGGAGCUGGGCCAUUGUGAUCCUCGGCGUUGCACCGGCCGCAAGCUGGCCCGACUGGGUCUGGUGCGCUGCCUGCGCUUGGGGCAACGCUUCGGUGGUCUGGUGCUCAGCCCCAUGGGCACCCAGUACGUGUCCCCUGCAGACAGACAGCUGGUAGCCCAGUCAGGGGUCGCUGUCAUCGACUGUUCCUGGGCCAGGCUGGACGAGACACCGUUCAGCAAGAUGCGGGGCAGCCACCUGAGACUCCUGCCCUACUUGCUGGCUGCCAACCCCGUGAACUAUGGCCGGCCCUGCAAGCUGUCCUGUGUAGAGGCCUUUGCAGCCACCUUUUGCAUCCUGGGCUUUUCUGACCUGGCUGUCAUCCUGCUUCGGAAGUUUAAAUGGGGUAAAGCCUUCCUGGACCUGAACCGCCAGCUCCUAGACAGUUACUCGGCCUGCAGUGACCCAGAGGAGGUGCUGCAGGCUGAGAAGGACUUUCUGGCCAGCGCCCAGGAGGACCCCGAGGAAGAGAUUGAUCCCUUUGAUGUGGAUUCAGGGCGGGAGUUUGCAAACCUCAACAGGCCUGUGGCCAGCUCCCGGCUGUCCCCAGACAGUGGUGACAGUGACGAGGACAAGUCUGAGGAGGAGGAGAAAGAGGAGCCGGGGAAGCGUGCUGAGGCUGGAGCAGGUAUCCCUGAGGAGGAGCUGAGGAAGGAGGCCACGGCUGACCCUCUGGAGGGCAUCUGGCAUGGCGUGGCAAGUUGGAGGGUCACCCACCUGGUGGCUGGGUCCCCUUCUGCCCCAGGGCAGCUGCUGCUCAUUGGUACCAUGGAGACUGCAUUGGGUUGGGAGUGA